CCCUCAACUACAGCCACAGCCCCCUCCCCACAGCCUCCUGCCUGCGUCCUUGCUCACACAAAAAAGGGGCUGCUCAGCGCAGCCUUUGAAAUCCAGGAGGAUAAUUGCCUCUCUGACGCGUAGGAGACCACAGGGCUCCCGAGGGAGCACAGGUAUAAAAGGAGGAGCUGCACCUCUCCCUGGCAGCUAGAGGACAGCUGGGGGCACAGCCGCCUGUCCCUGCUCAGUGGCUUCACGUGGGUCCUGCCCGGGCACUGGUGGAGGGGACGCAGCCAGCGGGGCUCUCAGAAGCAGCACCAGAGAAGUUGUAUCUGCAAGAGGGGCAGGGGACAUCUCAGCAGGAGCCGAUCCAGGACGAGCUGUGGUCUGAGGGAACGGUCAGUCCAGAGGGUGGAAGAUGCUGGAUAAGGCCACCCUGCUCCUGUUCCUGCAUUUAGUUGCAUGCUCCAUCUCCUCUCCUCUCUACCCAGCUCUCAGGUACAGCCCAGGGCCCGUUACUGGCAAGGCCAUGAACUUCCAGCUACAGGACCGCGGCCCACUGCAGGGCCAUAACCCCUCAACAGAGGAACAGGACGAGGAGGGUUUGUUAACAGACCCUACAGAGAAAAGGAUGCAGCGCCACGCAGAUGCCAUAUUCACCGACAACUACCGGAAAUUCCUGGGGCAGAUUUCUGCCCGCAAAUUCUUACAGACCAUCAUUGGCAAGCGGCUCAGGAACAGUGAAGGCAGCCCAGAAGAAGGGGUGCCCGAGCUUCUGACGAGGCGCCAGUCCGACAGCAUCCUGAUGGACAGCCGCUACCACCAGCGGAUGGUGCUGAGGGACUUCCUGGGAGCCAUCCUGCAGAAUCAGAGGCCUCGGGACGUAAACAGCAGCCAGUUAGAAGGGUUUCCCAACACCCUGGCUAAGCUCAUGUAAAUAUUUCUCCCUUUUCCACCUCCCCGUGCUCUGAAUAACUCAGAGCUCACGGAUCUAACUGUACAGUAAGCCACUCACAGCCAUGAAGACAUUCCUGGAGGUGACCAGCUGGAACUGAAGCAUAGUCCUCAAACCCGUUUAAAGGAAUACAAUUCUGAUGCACUACUUAAUUUACUUCAGUCAUUACAAUUUAAUUCCCCUCUCUAAACAUUGGUUUGUGUACUGAACCAGGAAAAAAAAACAACAAACCUCUGUGGUUUAACCUCAGGCUGCUUUGCAUAUAAAGGCUAAAAACGAGUACACUUGUAAUCCUGGAGACAUAUUGUCUGCUCAUUAAGACUUUCAAAUCACGAAGUGCAGCAAAAUUUCUGCCAAGUCAUCAUUGUUUGAGGGCCUGAUUAAUAAAUCUGAGGCCACCAAAAGGCACCUUUUGGCAGUUUAGUGAACUGAUUACAGCCUCCUCCAAAAAGCUGCUGAUGGCACAGCCACACACAGAGCAGGGCGAGGUAACGCAUGACUCCACCAGCCCACCACCCAAACACCGCUGGGGGCUCUCACUGCCCAGCCCCUGCACAGAGUCCUGGCAGCAAACCUGGUCUCUAAGAAGCC